GAAGCAGACCGAGGCUACUAUGAUGUUCACAUAUAACCGGCAGAGUAAGACUUUGUCCAAUGAAAUCCAGAUUCCAGAUUUUGACGUUGACCUUGGGACAGUCCUCAGAGUUCGUGAUGAAUCUGCUAAGGAAGAAAAGUCUUACAAGCUCACCCUGGACAUUCAGAAUAAGAAAAUAACUGAGGUCACCCUCACCGGCCAUCUGAGUUAUGACAGGAAGGAAGAAGGCAAAAUCAAAGGUGUUAUCUCCAUACCCCGUUUGCAAGCAGAAGCCAGAAGUGAGAUCCUCACCCAGUGGUCUCCCUCAAAACUGCUCCUGCAGGUGGACUCAUCUGCUACAGCUUAUGGCUCAACAGUUUCCAAGAAGGUGGCAUGGCGUUAUGAUGAAGAGAAGAUUGAAUUUGAAUGGAACACAGGCACCAACGUGGAUACCAAAAAAGCAGCUUCCAGUUUCCCUGUGGAUCUCUCUGAUUAUCCUAGAAGUGUGUAUACGUAUGCCACUAGUCUCCUGGAUCACAGAGUUCCUCAACUAGACAUGACUUUCCGGCACAUGGGUUCCAAAUUAGCAGAUGCAACAAGUACAUGGCUUCAGGAGGCAUCAAGGAAUCUUCCUUACGCCCAGAAUUUACAAGAUCAUCUCAGUGGCCUACAAGAGUUGUACCUCCAGAAAAUGGAAUUGCCAGACUUCCACAUCCCAGAAAACCUCUUCUUAAAAAGUGACGGUCGGAUCAAAUAUACCCUGAACAAGAACAGUGUGAACAUUGAGAUCCCUUUGCCUUUUGGUGGCAAAUCCUCCAAAGAUCUAAAGAUGUUAGAGACUAUUUGGACACCGGCCCUCAACUUCCAGCCUGUGGGAUUCCACCUGCCAUCUCAAGAGUUCCAAGUCCCCACUUUUACAAUCCCCAAGUUGUAUCAACUGCGGGUGCCUCUCUUGGGUGUUCUAGACCUCUCCACAAAUACCUACAGUAACUUGUACAACUGGUCCGCCUCCUAUACUGGCGGCAACACCAGCACAGACCCCUUGAGCCUCCAGGCUCAGUGCCACGUGAAGGCAGACGCCGUGGUCGACCUGCUCUCCUACCACGUGCAAGGAUCUGCAAAAACAACGUAUGACCACAGGAAUACACUCACGUUUUCAGGUGAUGGGUCCCUACACCACAAAUUCCUGGAUUCACAUGUCAAAUUCAGUCACGUAGAGAAAACUGGAAACAAUCCAGCCUCAAAAGGUUUUCUAACGUUCGAUGCAUCGAGUGCCUGGGGACCACAGGUAUCUGCUUCAGUCCAUUUAGACUCAAAAAAGAAACAGCAUUGGUAUGUCAAAGAAGCCACGAUUGAUGGGCAGUUCAGAGCCUCUUCGUUCUAUGCUAAAGGCGCAUAUGGCCUGUCUUAUCAGAGGGAUCCUACCACUGGCCAGCUGAGUGGAGAAUCCAACCUGAGGUUUAACUCGUCCUACCUCCAGGGCACCAACCAGAUAACAGGAAGAUAUGAAGAUGGAACAGUCUCUAUCACCUCCACCUUGGAUCUGCAAGGUGGCCUCAUGAAAAAUACCGCUUCCCUGAAAUAUGAGAACUAUGAGCUGACUCUGAAAUCUGACACCAAUGGGAGGUAUGAGGACUUUGCCACUUCGAGCAAGAUGGAUCUGACCUUCUCUAAGCAAAGUGCAUUGCUACGUUCUGAGUACCAGGCUGACUACAAGUCACUGAAGUUCUUCACCCUGCUUUCUGGAUCACUAAACUCCCAUGGUCUUGAGUUAAAUGCUGACAUCUUGGGCACCGACAGAGUUAAUAGUGGUGCUCACAAGGCAACACUAAGGAUUGUCCAAGAUGGAAUGUCUACCAGUGCAAUGACCAACUUGAAGUAUAGUCCCCUAAUGCUGGAGAAUGAACUCAAUGCCGCGCUUGGCCUCUCUGGGGCAUCCCUGAAAUUAACAACAAAUGGCCGCUUCCGGGAACACCAUGCAAAAUUCAGUCUAGAUGGAAGAGCUACCCUCACAGAGGUGUCGCUGGGAAGUGCUUAUCAGGCCAUGAUUCUGGGGGUCGACAGCAAAAACAUUUUCAACUUCAGAAUCAACCAGGAAGGACUCAAGCUUUCAAACGACAUGAUGGGCUCAUACGCUGAAAUGAAACUUGACCACACAAACAAUCUGAACAUCGCAGGGUUAUCACUGGACUUCUCUUCGAAACUUGACAACAUUUAUAGCUCUGACAAGUUUUAUAAGCAAAAUUUUAAUCUACAGUUACAGCCCUAUUCCCUGGUAACUACUUUCAACAAUGACUUGAAAUUCAGUGCUCUGGAUAUGACCCACAAUGGAAAAUUACGGCUUGAACCUCUGAAGCUGAAUGUAGGUGGGACCAUAAAAGGAGCCUACCAGAAUAAUGAGCUAAAACACAUCUACACUCUUUCUUAUGCUGACUUAUCAGCAAGUUAUAAAGCAGACACUGUAGCUAAGGUGCAGGGGACAGAGUUUAGCCAUCGGCUCAACACUAACAUCGCUGGGCUUGCUUCAACCGUUGACAUCAGUACAAACUACCAUUCGGACUCCCUGCAUUUCAACAAUGUUUUCCACUCUGCAGUGGCCCCAUUUACAGUGACCGUCAACACGCAUACAAAUGGCAAUGGGAAACUGGUUCUCUGGGGACAACACACUGGGCAGCUGUAUAGCAAAUUCCUGUUGAAAGCAGAACCUCUGGCCUUUACUUUCUCUCAUGAUUACAGAGGAUCCACAAGUCACCAUCUCGUGUCCAAGACGAGCAUCAGUACUGCUCUUGAUCAUAAAAUGAGUGCCCUGCUCACUCUGGCCGAGCAGACAGGCACCUGGAAACUCAAGACCCAGUUGAACCAAAAUGAAUACAGCCAGGACUUCAGUGCUUACAACACUAAAGACAAAGUUGGCAUUGAGCUCAGUGGACGAGCCCUGGCUGACCUCACUGUGCUGGACUCCCCUAUUACAGUGCCACUUCUACUCAGUGAGCCCAUCAGUGUAAUUGACGCUUUAGAGCUGAGGGACGCUGUUGACCAGCCCCAAGAAUUCACUCUUGUUGCUUCUGUAAAAUAUGAUAAGAACCAAGAUGUUCACACCAUCAACCUCCCAUUCUUUAAAAUCCUGCCGGAAUAUUUUGAGAAGACUCGACAGGUAGUUAUAGGUGCACUGGAAGCUAUACAGAAAGAAUUGAAACACAUCAAUAUUGAUGAACGCAUGAGGAAAUACAUAGCAGCCUUGGACAGACUCCCACAGCAAGUUAAUGAUUAUCUGAAUGCAUUCAACUGGGAGAAACAAGUUUUGAGUGCCAAGGAGAAACUAACUGCUUUCACAGAAAAUUAUAGAAUUACAGAAAAUGAUCUGCAGAUCGCAUUAGACCAUGCCAAAAUCAACCUUAAUGGAAAACUAUCUCAGCUACAAACAUAUGUGAUACAAUUUGAUCAGUAUAUUAAAGAUAAUUAUGAUUUACAUGAUUUUAAGGCAGCUAUUGCUAAGAUUAUUGAUCGAAUCAUUGAAAAAUUGAAAACUCUUGAUGAACAUUAUCAUAUCCGUGUAACUGUACUAAAAAAAAUCCAUGAUCUGUGUCUUUUUAUUGAAACUAUUGAUUUUAACAAAAUUGGAAGUAGUACUGCAUCUUGGAUUCAAAAUGUGGAUACUAAGUAUCAAAUCAGAAUCCAGAUACAAGAAAAAUUGCAGCAGCUCAAUGCACAGAUUCAGAAUGUAGACAUCCAGCACCUUGCUGAAAAGGUCAAACAACAGGUUGAAGCUAUUGAUGUCAGAGUGCUUUUAGAUCAGCUGAAAACUACAAUCUCAUUUCAAAGAAUAAAGGAAAUUAUUGAGCAUGUCAAAUACUGUGUUACAAAUCUUUUUGAAGAUUUUGAAGUAAUUGAGGGAAUCAAUGCUUUCAGAGUCACGGUCCAUAAGUUCACUGAGACGUAUAAAAUAGACCACCACAUCCAGGUUUUAAUGGAUAAAUCAGUGCAGUUGGCCCACCAGUAUAAGCUGCAGGAGACUGUUCAGAAGCUAAGCAGUGUCCUACAACAAGUCAAGACGGCAGAUCUUGUUGAGGAACUGAUUGGGUUUACCGACCGUGCUCUCAAGCAGCUUGACUCAUUGUCUUUUAAACAAUUCAUUGAAGAAAUAAACAGAUUCCUUGACAUGCUGGUAAAGAAAUUAAGGUCAUUUGACUACCACCAGUUUGUAGAUGAAACCAAUAACAAAAUUCGUGAGGUGACUCAGAGAAUCAAUGGUGAAAUUCAGGCUCUGGGACUUCCACAGAAAGCCAAAGCACUAAAACUGUUUACAGAGGAUGUCAAGGCCACAGUCUCAAUCCAUCUGGAAAACCUAAAGGCCACCAAAAUAACCUUAUUCUUUGAUUGGUUACAGGAGGUUUCUGUAGUUCACAUGAAAGCCAAAUUCCAAGAGACCCUGGAAGAUAUACGAGACCGAGUGUAUCAAAUGGAUAUACAGCAGGAAGUCCAGCGAUACCUGUUCCUAGUUGGCCAGGUUUACAGCACACUUGUCACCUACAUUUCUGAUUGGUGGAAUCUUGCUGCUAAGAACCUUACUGACUUCGCAGAACAGUACCCUCUCCGAGACUGGGCCAAAAACCUGAAAACACUAGUAGAGCAAGGAUUCACUGUUCCCAAAAUCCAGACCACCUUCGGGACCAUACCUGCCUUUGAAGUCAGUCUCCGUGCCCUUCAGGAGGCUACAUAUCAGACUCCUGGCUUCACUGUCCCCCUGACAGAUCUGAAGAUUCCAUCCGUUCAGAUCAACUUCAAAAAGUUGAAAGAUAUAAAGAUCCCAUCCAGGUUUUCCACGCCAGAAUUUACUGUCCUCAGUACCUUCCACGUCCCUUCCUUUACAGUUGACUUGGUAGAAAUAAAAACAAAGAUCAUCAGAACCAUUGACCAAAUGCUGACCAGUGAGCUGCAGUGGCCGGUCCCGGAAGUGUACCUGAGGGAUCUGAGCGGGGUGGACACGGUUCUUGCCGGAAUCCCUCUGCCAGACUUCCAUUUACCAGAAAUCACAAUUCCAGAAUUUGUCAUCCCGCAUCUCAAUGUUACAGAUUUUCAAGUUUCUGACCUUCACAUACCGGAAUUCCAGCUUCCUCACAUCUCACACACAACUGAAGUACCUACUUUUGGCAAGCUGUAUGGCAUUCUGAAAAUCCAAUCUCCCAUUCUCAUAUUAGAUGCAAAAGCUGACAUUCACAAUGUAACUGCUUCAGCGAGCCAGGCAGAGAUUGAGGCUUCUGUCACCGCCAAAGGAGAGUCCAAAUUAGAAGUUCUCAAUUUUGAUUUUCAAGCAAAUGCACAACUUUCAGACCCCAAGAUUAAUCCACUGGUUCUGAAGGAAUCUAUGAGGUUCUCCAGCAGGUACCUGAAAACAGAGCAUGAGAGUGAAGUGCUGUUUGUUGGAAAUGCUAUUGAGGGAAAAUCAAACACAGUGGCAGGUUUACACACGGAAAAAAAUACACUGGAGCUUAGUAACGGUGUGCUCGUCAAGAUAAAUCAUCAGCUUACCCUGGACAGCAACACAAAGUACUUCCACAAACUGAACAUCCCCAAACUGGACUUCUCCAGCCAGGCUGACCUGCGCAGUGAAGUCAAGACCCUGUUGGAAGCUGGACACCUAGCAUGGACUUCUUCUGGAAGAGGGUCCUGGAAAUUGGCCCGCCACAAAUUCUCAGAUGAGGGAACACAUGAAUCCCAAAGUAACUUUACUGUGGAAGGACCCAUCACGUCCUUUGGAUUGUCUAAUAAGAUCAACAGCAAACACCUAAGAGUAAACCAAAAUAUAGUUUAUGAAUCUCGCCUCCUCAACUUUUCUAAAUUUGAAAUCCAGUCACAAGCUGAAUGCCAGUACUUGGGCCGCAGUGUUCUAACUGCUAAAGGUAUGGUACUGCUUAGAGAAGGGAAGGCAGGGAUAACUGGCAACCAUGAUGCACAUUUAAAUGGAAAGGUUACUGGAACUUUGAAAAAUUCUGUUUUCUUUUCAGCACAGCCGCGUGCGCUUACCGCAUCCACAAACAAUGAAGCGAACUUGAGAGUUAGUUUUCCAUUAAAAUUGACAGGGAAGAUAGACUUUCUGAAUAAUUAUGCACUGUUUCUGAGUCCUAGUGCCCAGCAAGCAAGUUGGCAAGCAAGUGCCAGGUUCAAUCAGUAUAAGUACAAUCAAAAUUUCUCUGCUGGAAACAAUGAGAAAAGCAUCGAGGCCCACAUAGGGAUAAAUGGAGAAGCCAACCUGGAUUUUUUAAACAUUCCUUUAACAAUCCCUGAAAUGACUCUACCUUAUACAAAGCUCACAACGCCCCAGGUGAAAGAUAUCUCCUUAUGGGAAAAGACAGGCUUGAAGGAAUUCUUGAAGACAACAAAGCAAUCGUUCGAUUUAAGUGUAAAGGCUCAGUAUAAGAAAAACAAAGACAAGCAUUCCAUCCCAGUUCCUCUGGAUGUAUUUUAUGCAUUUAUCAAUCGUAACAUCAAUUUCUUCAACAGGCAUUUUGAGACAGUCAGAAACAAGGCAUCAGAUUUUUUUAUCAAAUCCUACAGUGAAGCAAAAAUUACAUUUGAUAAGUACAAGGUUGAAAAAUCCCUCAACCAGCAACCCAGGAUCUAUAAAAUUCCUGGAUACACUAUUCCAGUUACCAACAUUGAAGUGUCUCCAUUCACAGUGACGAUGUUGACAUUCGGGUAUGUGAUCCCCAAAGAGAUCAGCACCCCCAGCAUCACCAUCCCGGGUUCUGGCGUCUAUGUGCCCUCAUACACAUUAGUCCUGCCAUUCCUAGAGCUUCCAACCCUUCAUGUCCCUAGGAAUCUUCUUGAGCUUUCUCUUCCAGAGUUCAAGGUAUUGAAUACCACAAACAAAAUUUUAAUUCCAGCCAUGGGCAAUAUCACCUAUGAUUUUUCCUUUAAAUCAAGUGUCAUCACACUGAAUACCAAUGUUGGUCUUUAUAACCAAUCAGAUAUUGUGGCUCAUUUUCUUACUUCCUCUUCUUCUGUCAUUGAUGCACUGCAAUACAAAUUAGAGGGCACCUCAAGUCUGACGAGGAAAAGAGGGUUGAAGUUAGCCACAGCUUUGUCUCUGAGUAACAGACUCGUGGAGGGCAAUCAUGACAGUACUAUUAGCUUCACCAAGAAAAACAUGGAUGCAUCCGUGACAACAACUGCAAGAGUCCAAAUUCCACUUUUGAGAAUGAAUUUCAAGCAAGAACUUAAUGGAAAUACCAAGUCAAAACCUACUGUCUCUUCAUCCAUUGAAUUAAAGUAUGAUUUCAGUUGGCCCCAUGUGUACACUACUGCUACAGGGGCGUUUGACCACAAGCUCAGCUUAGAAUGUCUCACCUCUUACUUUUCCAUUGAGUCAUCUACCAAAGGAGGUGUCAAGGCUUUUAUCCUUUCAAAGGAAUAUUCAGGAACUCUUGCCAGUGAGGCCAGCACUUACUUGAAUUCCAAGGGUACUCGAUCUUCUGUGAAGCUGCUAGGAGCUUCCAAAGUAGAUGGUAUCUGGAACCUUGAAGUAAAAGAAAAUGUUGCUGGAGAAACCACUCUCCAACGCAUAUAUGCCAUCUGGGAACAAAAUACGAAAAACCAUUUACAGCUAGGGGGCCUCUUUUUAACAUCUGGAGAGCAUACAAGCAAAGCCACCCUUGAACUUUCCCUAUGGGAAAUAUCAGCCCUUGUUCAGGUCCAUGCACAUCAGCCCAGUUCCCUCCUUAAUAUCAAUUACCUUGGCCAGGAAGUGUCCCUGAAUGCUAACACUGAGAACCAGAAAAUCAGCUGGAAAAGUCAGGUCCAGGUUCAUUCUGGGUCUCUCCAGAACAACUUACAGCUUUCCAAUGACCAAGAUGAGGCACGCCUUGACAUGGCAGGCUCCUUAGAAGGGUACCUAUGGUUCCUCAAAGAUGUUGUCCUACCAGUUUAUGACAAGAGCUUAUGGGACCUCCUAAAGCUGGAUGUAACCACCAACAACGAUAGGAAACAGUAUCUCCGUGCUUCAACUGGCCUUGUAUAUACCAAAAACCCCAAUGGCUAUCCUGUUUCUAUCCCCGUGCGAGAAUUGGCUGAUAAAUUCAUUAUUCCUGGACUGAAACUAAAUAACCUAACUUCCUUUUGUGUCACACCUACAUUCCACGUCCCCUUUACAGAUCUUCAGGUCCCAUCCUACAUACUUGACUUCAGUGAAAUAAAAAUCUACAAGAAGCUAAGUACUUUGCCAUUUGCCCUCAACAUACCAACACUACCCAAAGUGCAAUUCCCCAAAGUUGAUGUGUUAGCACAAUAUUCUAAACCAGAAGUCUCCUCAGUUCCCUUUUUUGAGGUAACUGUACCUGCAUCUCAGUUAACUGUGUCCCACUUCACCCUUCCAAAAAGUAUUUCAGUUGGCAGUGCUGUUUUGGAUCUAAAUGUGGUGGCCAGCAACAUUGCAGACUUCGAGUUGCCAACCACCACCAUGCCUGAGCAGACGAUUGAGAUUCCUUCCCUGAAGUUCUCUGUACCUGCUGGCAUUUUCAUUCCUUCCUUUGGAACACUGACUGCACAUUUUGAGGUGGCCUCUCCCUUGUAUAAUGCCACUUGGAGUGCUGGUUUGAAAAAUAAAGAAGAUCGCGUUGAAACAUUCCUGGAUUCCACAUGCAGGUCCACCAUUCAGUUCCUGGAAUAUGACCUAAACGUUGUGGGAACACACAAAAUUGAAGGUGGCAUGUUAGUUUGUAAAACUAACAGACCAUUUGCACACCAUGACAUCAGUGCAGAGUAUGAAGAAGAUGGUAGAUAUCAAAGACUUGGGUACUGGAAUGGAAAGGUCGACCUUAACAUCACCAGCCCGACAUUAACUGAUGUCCGUCUGUGCCACCCAGAAAGGGAGAACCACCUCUCCUUCUCAGUAGCCUCCCCAGCCAUAGGCACUGUGGUCAUCGACGUGAAAAUUAACAACUUAUUGAGAUGGAACCUCUACUACCGCCCUCAGUCCUCUCCAGAUAAAACACUCAACAUAGUCAAAAUUGAGAUGAGGGUCCCGGAAUUGGAUGAAGUUCAGAUUAAAGCUAACUGGGAAGAAGCAGUGCCUGAAUUGCUAAGCUCUCUCAAAGACAAUAUGCCCAAGGCCAUGGGGGCCUCUUAUGACUAUGUCAGCAAGUACCACCAGGAGUACAUGGGACUCGAUCUGAGAGAUGCUUCUUUAAAACUGAGAAGAGGUUUGCAGAACAGCGCUGAGCAGGUGUAUCAACGGGCCGUGAGGCAGGUUGAUGAGGUGGACGUGGGGCUCCGAAAGAUAGCCAGAGGCACCACUAGAACCUACCUGCAGUGGACGGACAAGGCCAAGAGUCUGUACCAGGAACUGUUGGCUCAGGAGGACCACAGUGGUUUCCAGAGACUCCAGAAGAAGGUGUUUGACAGCUUAAUAGGAGUUACUCAGGAAUACAAUGUGACAGUCAACCGUGUGAUUGACUCGUUCAUUGAUUUCCUGAAGUCCACCAGAUUCCAGCUCCCAGGAAGAGCCGGGAACUACACUGAAGACGAACUCUACACUAUGGUCCUGAAGAAAGUAGGUAAGCUACUGUCCCAGGUACAUUCAAAGAUCCAUAGUGGGUUAGAAAUACUGUUUUCCUAUUUCCAAGACCUGAUGGAGAAAUCUGAAUUAAUCAAGGACCUAAAGAAUAAAUUUCCCUUUGAUUCAGUGUACUAUCAACUAAUAGGUAUAGGCUCAGAGUAUGGAAAACUGUUGAAAUCUUUAUCACAAGAGGUCCAAAAGGCACUUAGUGACCUCCAGUCUGUCAAGACUACAGAGAUGCUAAGUGAUCUUAAGAGGUUUCUACAAAGCAUUUUCCAAGAGAUAGAAGAAGACCUUAAACGCUUAAGGGAGAAGAAAUUUACUGAUCUCAUUAAUGAUAUCCAACACGACAUCAGCAGAACCUUCGACAUAUUCAUUUCAUUUGCUUUUAGACUCCUGAAAGAAAACCUAGGUCAUAACUUUGGUGAGUUUAAUGAACUUGUUCAAAACAAACUUCAGAAAGCUUCUCAAGAGUUACAGCAGCUCCAUCAGUAUGUGCAGGCUCUUCGCAAAGAAUAUUUUGAUCCAAGUAUGGUUGGCUGGACAGUGAAAUAUUAUGAACUUGAAGAAAAGAUCAUCAACCUGAUCAAGAACCUAGUAGAUGUCCUUAAGGACUUCCAUUCCAAAUACACUGUCAGCGCUGCUGGCUUUGCUUCCCAACUCUCAAGUCAGGCUGAGCAACUGGUGCAGAAAGAUUUCCAGGAAUAUCUGAGCAUCCUUGCCGAUGCAGAUGGAAAAGGGAAAGAGAAGAUUGCAGAGCUUUCUACCAGUGCUCAGGAACUAAUUAAAAGCUGGGCUGUUGCAGUGAAGGAAAUCAUUUCUGAUUACCACCAGCAGUUCACAUAUAAACUACAGGAUUUUGCAGACCAACUCUCUGAUUACUAUGAAAAAUUCAUUGCUGAGUCCAAAAGAUUGAUUGACCUGUCCAUUCAAAAAUACCACAUGUUUCUGAGAUAUAUCAUGGAGUUACUGAAAGAGCUACAAUUGGCCACAGUCAAUGGCAUGAGCCCCUACAUAAAGGUUGCUCCAGGAGAGUUUACUAUCACCGUCUAAUUUUUUUAUAGCAGUUCUCAUUUAUUCUUCUGCUCCAAUUAAACUUCCACAUAGUAGGGAAAAAAUUCAAACUGUAUGUAUUAAUAUAAUCAUCCACCAAGCCAGCCCUGUAGCAGGUAGCUGACUACAAGCAGAAACACAUAUGAACUGGACCUGCAUCGAAGCUGGCAUCAGAUCUCUGAAGGUCUCUGAACUCUGGGAAAUGACAUUUUUUGCAAGUUAAAGAAAACCAGGAUCUGAGUUAUUUUGCUAAACUUUGGGAGAGCGAGAACAAAUAAAUAAAUUCUUUAUUGUGUAUCAUA